AUGGUAAAGCCCAAGAGCCUGCCUGUCAUCCUGUACCUGCCUGACUCUGACCUGGUUUACAAACCCCUGCCUGUCAUCCUGUACCUGCCAGACUCUGACCUGGUUUACAAACCCCUGCCUGUCAUCAUGUACCUGCCUGACUCUGACCUGGUUUACAAACCCCUGCCUGUCAUCCUGUACCUGCCUGACUCUGACCUGACUCUGACCUGGUUUACACAAACCCCUGCCUGUCACCCCUGCCUGUCACCCCUGCCUGUCAUCAUGUACCUGCCUGACUCUGACCUGGUUUACAAACCCCUGCCUGUCAUCCUGUACCUGCCUGACUCUGACCUGGUUUACAAACCCCUGCCUGUCACCAUGUACCUGCCUGACUCUGACCUGGUUUACAAACCCCUGCCUGUCAUCCUGUACCUGCCUGACUCUGACCUGGUUUACAAACCCCUGCCUGUCAUCCUGUACCUGCCUGACUCUGACCUGGUUUACAAACCCCUGCCUGUCAUCAUGUACCUGCCUGACUCUGACCUGGUUUACAAACCCCUGCCUGUCAUCCUGUACCUGCCUGACUCUGACCUGGUUUACAAACCCCUGCCUGUCAUCCUGUACCUGCCUGACUCUGACCUGGUUUACAAACCCCUGCCUGUCAUCAUGUACCUGCCUGACUCUGACCUGGUUUACAAACCCCUGCCUGUCAUCAUGUACCUGCCUGGCUCUGACCUGGUUUACAAACCCCCUGCAUCUGUACCUGCCUGA